GUGUUCGGAGGUUUAGCCAAAGCGCUAACCGGAUGUGUGUUACCGUUAUGUAGCCGAGCAGUUUUCAUUGAUGAGCAGCCUCAAUCGAGUUUUGAAUGGUUAAAAACGUUAUUAAAAAGAAGUGUAGUUUGUUAUUUGGUUUCAUUUGAUACCAAACAAGUGACCAAAAGUACUGUGGUGACGCGAUUUUUGGUUUGAUGUAUUUGGAAAUACAUGAUGUAAUGUUACAGUGGGAGAACCAUGUAAACAACGUGGUGUUUUAUCCUUCUAGAAGUAAAAUAAAACAUAUUAUAUAAAGGUAACGCAUUAGAUUAGGUGUGUAGUAUUAUUAUUUAUCCAGAUCUAGGAGUUCAUACAUGCAUUUGUAAGUUUUUCCUACGUAAUUUCCUAUUUUGAUGUCUAUUGAUAGUAAUUAUUUAUUUUUUGUUAUUGAGAAGAGUUAAAGGAUCUGUAAUAUGGUCAUAGAAUAAUCCAUUAACAUCAAAGCUUUAUUAGUAAACAGCUUAGAAAAUCAGAAUCUACGUCACGCCGCGUGUUUUAGGUCACGCUCAGGAGCACAAAAAGCUGUAUUCCCAGAAGCUGCUUUGUAACUUGAGGAAUUGGAUUGUGGAUUGUGGAUGCUUAGCAAAUUAAUAGUGAGAAACCAUAGACCAGGGAAACCGGGGCGAAGGUAAGGCGAGACGAAAGAAACAAAGCGAUUUUCUCAGAAACCUGAUUACAUUUGCAUUCCAAACUAUAAAAGCAUGUUCAGCACGCAACCCUUGACAAAACUGACAAAUAUUACGUGAUCACGAAUCAUCGCUUCCUGCGGUUAAAUACGGAAAUCUGUUUUCGAGUACGGUGACUCGAACCAGAUGAAGCCUCGUGUGAGAUGAUCAGGAUGAAGUCCUCACGGAGUUUCAUCUUUUUACUCUGUCCCGUCAUGGUAGUGUUAUUCCUCUACUAUUCGUCUUUCAAAAUGCACCUACGGAGCCCAGUCCAGAAAUCUCAGGCUGAUUUGGAUAGGCUUCUCUCCGUGGGACGUGUAGUAGCCACAGAAUACGACAAGCAGGGAUUCCUUACCAAGCCUGACAGAAAACUGCCUCUGGAGCUUCAGUAUACAUUUGGUAAUCUCAGUAAAGGCGAGUGUAAACCCGGUUACGCAGAGGCCAAGAUGACUUCAAUCUAUCCAAAGUUUUCAAAACCUGCCCCCAUGUUCCUCGAUCCAAAUUUCAGGCGGCUAUCAAAGAUCAACACUUACGUGCCUCCGUUUGGAGUAAGAAAACAAGAAUAUAUCAUUGAUCGCAUUUUAAAAGCUACAAAGAGAUAUUCACUUGGUUCAGAACUUGACAGUAUAAGUUGUAAGAAGUGUAUUAUCAUUGGCAACGGAGGCAUUCUGUCCAACAAGUCCCUGGGAUCCCAAAUCGAUCAGUAUGAUGUUGUUGUACGACUGAACGGGGCUCCAGUCGCCGGGUUCGAGAAGGACGUGGGCUCGAAGACCACCAUGCGUAUCACGUACCCCGAAGGAGCCAUCCAGAAACCGGAGCGCUACGAGAAGAGCUCGCUUUUCGUCUUCUCUGCCUUUAAACCCAUGGACUUCAGAUGGCUGCGUCACAUGGUGCUUAAUGAAAAGAUGUGGAUAACGACGGGAUUCUGGAAGUCUGUGGCACGUGUCGUUCCCAGAGAGCCAGAAGACAUGCGCAUCCUGAACCCGUAUUUCAUCCAGGAAGCUGCUUUCAAUUUCAUCGGCCUUCCACACAACAAUGGCAUCAUGGGAAUAGGGAAUAUUCCUACAUUGGGGACUGUUGCGAUUACGAUGGCUCUUCAUAACUGUGAUGAGGUGGCGGUGGCUGGAUUCGGAUAUAACAUGAGCACACCUUACGCACCUCUGCACUACUACGAGAAACUCAGGAUGUCUGCAAUCAAAGAGUCAUGGACACACAACAUAACCAAAGAAAAAGAGUUUCUGCGAAAGCUGGUGAAGGGUGGCGUCAUACAGGAUCUGACCCACGGGAUCUGAUGUCACAUCCUCGUCAUGCAGCGGAUAGAUAGUAUUCACCAUAUCACUGGUGUCCGGCAUCCCAGCCGAUGGACUCGCAGGAACACGAGCCGUCAAACGUCCAGAGAUGUUUGAGCCAAUCGCAUGAGGCCACCAGAGGAAGUGACCUCACUUCAUAUGCUAGAUGGUAUCCAUGGUAACUUCAACUCAGAUAUGGUAAUGCUUGUUUUAAGAUGCCACGUAGAUGAGAAAGAGUAGACCCGACAGAGACUGGAAAGUGCUGCUUUCUCCUGUUUUUUUUUACUCCACUGUAUUCAGUAUUUAUUAGACAGUAUUUUAAUCACAUCAUUUAAGAUGCUUUAUUUUUGAAGCCGAGUCAGCUUGCUUUAAUAUCGUUCUCUUCAAUCUCAGGCAAUGCACAGCAGCACACAACAACUGAUUGUCACUGUUGAUUUUCUGCUGCUCAGCUUCCACUUGUUUCUGCGCCUUGCACAUGUAUAUCCAUCUCUGUGUAUAACCUGAUCUUGAGACCAGGUGGAUUAAAGUAUUAUCAAGAUUCCUA